AUGGACUCCCCGAUAGCUAUAUCUUCAUCAACUAAUCAUGAUCAUCAUGAUGAGGAUAACAAUAGCACCAAAAUCGGUAAAGGAUCAAUACCAGUUGUUCCGUUCCUGAAUACAAGGGCUUCCUUGCAAAUCCCUGCGAGCCACUCACCAUCUUUGACCAGUUCUCCUAGUACACCAAAAGAAAUUUCCAGAAUUGAUGGAGAACGGAAUUUUAGAGAGAGACCUUCUCCAAGGAGAUCUUUUUCGUUUGUUUGGAAAAAUCAUUCCCUCAAUAACAACAAAACCUCAAACACAUCGUCUCCCACAACAUUGAGCCACACUUUUCAAAAACCUAAUCAUGAAAAUCAGCUUUUUGAUGACACGGAAAUUAAGAAAGUGAUCACAAUGUCGCUUCAGUUGACUGAAGAGGUAAAAAGACUAAAGACUAGCCUGUCAGGUCGGGAAUUACAAAAUCAAGUUCUUGAGAAGGAGAACCAAUUUUUACAUGAUGAGCUAGCAGCUUUUAAAGAAAAAGUCUCUGGUCUAGAAUCUAAAAGUAACAAACUCAAAUAUCAAAGAGAUAGAUAUCAUAGUCAGCUCAAUGCCCUAACGGAAAAGUAUGAGGCACUAAAAAUCAAAACUUCUUCGCCACAAGUUGUCACCAUUGGAACAGACAAUAAUGAGGAUAUUUCAGAUGACGAAGAAAAUGUUUUUAGCAACAACUUCACUGAGUCAAACUCCAUCACGGAAGAAGAAUCUAUUUACAAACUGCCUUACUCAAAUUCAAAAACCAAAGAUAAAGCAUGGAUUACAACAGCAGAACUCAAGAAUAAUUAUCAUAAUGUUUGUGACAAGGUGGAUGAGCUGAGUGCAAAGUUGGAGAGAAGUGAAAAAGCACUCAAAGAAAGCCUUCAACAAAACAAGUUGUUGGAAAUUCAGUUGGAAAAUGCAAGAGCAAAUGAAAAGGCUCUUCUUCAAAAAGUUGAGAGCACUGAAAAGCUCUACUAUGAGUCUUGCGAAAAAUUGGAGGCUCUCAAUAGUAAAUCAUUGAAAAAGGACUCGGUCGCAUUACGUCACGAUAUGAGUAACGAGGUGACCCGUAAUGCGUCUUUAGAAGGUGUAGCCACCUCUUCAAAUGAAGGUGAAAACGAAAAUACAGAAUGGCCUUCUAUUGAUAGGCUUUCAGACCAAAUUGACCUCAUGUCUACAGAAAUGUUUGAAGGAGAGGAGCGAAGCGUUUUUCUGGAGAAGGAAAAUCAAAGAUUAAGAGCUCAAAUUGAGGAGUUGCAACGAAUUUUAGACCAUACCAGGGAUGAUCUUCAGCUAUUGAGGAUACAGUCCACAUUGUCAUCACCUAGAACCCCAAGACUUUCAACACCCAGAGAAUUCGAAAGACCCUCCUCAGAUCGAUCCAAUCAAAGUGAAGGUGUCGACUCAAAAAUCAUGGAUGAGUGGACCAAAUUAUUGGCCGAUAAAUUUGACCAUAAUCUUCGAAUACUCAAGGAACAGGUGGUGAAAUAUGAAAAGAGAGCACACAACAUGAAUGUUUCGCAUGAUCAUUUGUCUGAGACCUCUAGCUCAUUACUUGAAGAUUACUUUAGGUUGACUCUUCUUUCUGUGAAGAUACUUCUUUCCAAAGAGCCCAGAUAUCAGAAUACAGUAUGGUACAAAAUAUGGUGUGAUAUUGAUAGUGAAGAGAUUUACUCUUGUGUGCUGACCAACGAAAUUCCCAUUGAAGAGUGGUGGCUUUUUCUUUUCACUACCGUUCAGACGCGUUUGGAGAACGCCAAGUUGGACUACGAAGAGGAAGAGGAGAGAGAUAUCGAAAUGUAA